AUGGUGGCUUUAAGCCUCCAAGCACUUGUCCAGUGUGGGCUGCUGGCCUCCCUCGUGUCCAGUAGCAUCACGCACCAGAACCCAGUCCACAACGACCACGAAGCCUUGGACAAAUGGCAAAACUUACGUGCAUCUGAGAACGAUACCACAAACAGUACCGACAAGAUUUCUGGCCGGGGCUACUCUGCUGUCUCUACCACCCAGUUAUUUGGCCGUGCUGAGGCAGGAGAAGGAGCUUUGCUAUGCCCUACUGGAGAAUGCGCUGAUAAGAGUUGCUGCUCCAAGGAUGGCAUUUGCGGUUACGGCGAAGAGCUCUGUGGCAAAGGCUGUAAGAGCAACUGCGAUGCUACUGCCAUGUGUGGAGAGCUCUCUGAGGGUGGCAAUCUCUCGUGUGGUCUCGAUUUGUGCUGUAGCUCUGGAGGAUGGUGUGGUACCACAGAAGUCCAUUGUAUUGGCCCCAACAAGUUCUCGCCUUGUCAAGCAGGCUACGGAAAUUGUCAGAUCAUUCGACCCAAGACCUGUGGCGAGGGCUCUGGCACUUCAGAUCAGCGCAUGAUCGGUUACUAUCAGGCCUCCAACGUCCGGGAUAGGGCUUGCAAUAGGGUCUAUCCCAAGGACAUCAAGACAGACGCCUAUACCCAUCUCUACUGGGCUUUCGCCUCAAUUGAUCCCGCUUCAUUCAACGUCAAGCUCUGGAACUCCCAAGAUGAAGAUAAUGUUAAGGAGUUUACAAAGCUCAAGGGCAAAGGCCGCAACCUCCAAACCUGGGUCGCUGUCGGAGGUUAUGACUUUAGCAACGAUGGCGAUACUCACACAACCUGGAGCGACUUAUGUGCUGACGCUGGUAACCGAAAGGCUUUCAUCCAGUCAGCAGCAGCCUUCAUGGACAAGUAUGGAUUCCAAGGCAUCGAUCUCGACUGGGAAUAUCCGGUGGAGCCGAAGCGUGGCGGCAGCAAGCACGACACAGCCAACUUCGUUCUUUUGCUGAAGGAGAUGAGGGCAGCAUACGGGACAAAAUAUGGAAUCAGCCUUACAAUUGCCCCUGAUUAUUGGUAUCUCCGCUACUUCGAUGUUAAAGGUCUUGAGCCUUAUGUCGACCAUUUUGGUUUUAUGGCCUAUGACCUACACGGGUUCUGGGACUCCGACGUCAAGACCUUAGCACCUGUUGUGCGCGGCCAGGCUGAUAUUAGGGAGAUCUACAACAAUACGAUCCCGCUUGCAUACCCCGGCGUUGACUUUAGCAAGAUCGUCUUUGGUGUUGCUUGGUACGGACGGGGAUAUACUCUCGCGGACCCCUCCUGCAAUACACUUGGCUGUAAUUUCGCUGGUCCCAGCAAGCCUGCCAAAUGUACGAACAGCGCUGGUGUCAUGUCGUUGUCCGAAGUUGAAGACAUGAUCAAGGGCGGUGCUACCUCUCGUCUACUUGAAGGUUCGGCUAUGAAAGAGCUCGUGUUUGAUGAUCAGUGGAUCGGCUACGAUGACGAGGAAACGGUCGAGAUGAAGCGUAAGUUUGCCAACAACUACUGUUUCGGUGGUCUCAUGGCUUGGAGUGUUGAUUUCGAACCUGGUACCGGGAACACUGGCGACAGUGAGCCUGCCAAGUCAACCGACGGAAGAUGCGGCCCCAACUUCAAGGGAACAACUUGCGAGGGCACUAGCUUUGGCGACUGCUGCUCUGAAGGCGGAUGGUGUGGCUCGACUGACGGCCACUGCGGCACUGGAUGUAUCAGUGGAAAGUGCAAAGAGGGAGGAAAGUCCACUAACGGCCGAUGCGGUGCUGGGUUCAGAAAUGCUACAUGUUCUGGAACCUCUUACGGACCAUGUUGUUCAGCCGGUGGUUGGUGCGGCUCCUCUGAGACUCACUGCGGCGAAGGAUGCCAGGGCCGCUGUGACGGUAACGACGAUGUGGAUAUUGAUCUCCCCAACAAGGGCGUCGACAAUGACCAGGAUGCCGAUACGAUCUGUGGAUACAAGUUCGACUCCAAGGACAUCGACGUGGUUCGCAAGUCCUGGAAGGACAGCGGUGCUGCUGCGUGGUGGAAAGACUUCAUCUGGGAGACGGGAGCGGACGACUGGUCCAACAAGUUCUUUGCGGAGGUUAUGGCCGGUGGGAAGCAAGGUGGCUCAACCUACGACUGCACUGAUUUCACGCUGGGCAACUGCCCUGGGCCCGAGGGCAAGGAGUGUGUCACGUAUCAUCCACCCGAGGCAUUCUACAUGCAUAUCCAGAUGGGCAAUCUUUUCGACGCCUUUGAGAAGCUCUGGAUGAGCACUGUUGAGCAGGCGGUUGAGCAACUCUCGUCGGGCAUCAAGAAGAUCGUUGCCGAUUACGGUACACCGCCCGAGGAAGAGAACACCAACCUUCUCAACAUGCUUGUCGGUAUCUUGACUUCUCUUGCCGGCUUCGGAGCUCUUAGCCCAGCUAUUGCUGGAAGUACUACCGCUCUGGCGGGUAUCUUUGCGUCCAUGUCUUCAGGCAUGUCUUGGGAGGAUCAAGUAUCCCCCGACACGCUUAACGACAAGCUCGAGAGCGCCUAUGGUGAGAUGUUCAAGAAAGUCAUGAAGACGAGUCAGGACUUUGUUGAGCACUUAUUCCGUGGCGAGCUACCAGGUCAAUGGUCUGGUGGUGGAGUGCCUAUGAUUACUACACAAUGGGUGUAUCUUUUCUUCAAUGACGCCAAUUGGUUAAGUAAAGAGAUUACGAAUCCUGCCGUGAAGGACUUUAUCGCCAAGGUUCAAAAGAAAUGGGAUGAGUUUGCAGUCCUCAAGGCGAUGAAGUCUGGUAACAAGGCUGAUUUCUUCCUCAUGGUUAGCGAUGAAGAUACGCAGUGCGCCAAGUCAAGCGGCCAUGUCGGUACCGUUGCCCACCUCAUGGAUAUGUCUGAAGACAUUUGCAAGAACAAGAUGGAAGGAUGCCUCUGGCACGACGACCGCUGCCUCUGCUUCGGCUCUCGCCAGAACUCUGUGCCCUCCGUUUCCACCAUGGUGCACUCCUUCUCGGGAGAUGAUCUCAAGAAGUUCCAGGGUUACGUUCUCGACUAUGAAGCUGCUCUCAAGAACAACUACGAUUGCGUCAAGUACAUUGUCGACCACAAGAGUGCAUGCUACAGUGCCUUUGGCGAUAAGCCUGAUGGAUGCACGAUUGCAGACACGGAUGUUCCUGAUAAUAAGGAUCUGGACGCUAACAACCCGCUGCAAUACACCAAGUGCUGGUUCAACUUGCCACCUUUGAUGGGACAUAACUUUGCUUGUGGCUGGACAGAAAGUUGA